AUGGUGCUGAUUGCUACGUUGUACUCGAGUAGCGCGAUCUGGGGUGACCUGCCCAGUGCUUCGUUCACCAUUGGCCAAAUUGAGAGCCUUCGACGCAAAUUGCUGGACCGCGAGGACACGAUCGUCGAGCUUUCGAGGGAGCUCCAGGUGGUGCGGACGCGGCUGCUCCAGGUGGACCAACGAGACCAACAACUCGGUCUCGGCCUCCGGCAACCUGAUUCUGUAGUAAAUCCAUCGCCAACCCACUCAGAGAAUGCCACUUGGAUUCGAUUGCGCCCCGAGCAGCUAGCCGAGUACCAGCAGAUGCUCGACUCUUUGCGAAUCUACAUGUAUGACAUUGCUUUGGGACGAGAGAUGCGCUGGCUAGUCGACGACAAGUACGGCGCAGAGCAGCUGUUUAUCAACCUGCUGGCGACCAGCGCAUUCCACACCACUGCUCCAGACAAGGCCAACAUGUUCUUUAUGCCAUUUCGUUGCACAGCGUAUCGCCGGAGCGUGCAGGAGCGAGUCCUCGGCGAUAUCGUUGCCAAAAACGUCACUGCCCAGUACUUUGAUGUGGUCAUGAACAAGUACAGGUGGUGGAACGUCUCCAGUGGCACGGAUCACUUUUACAUUUGCGGGCACGACAUGGGCACUGCCGUGACAGCGCUCUCGCAUCCGGCCCUGGUCAAGAACGCCAUUGGAUUGGUCAAUACUGCCGAUUACGACGAUGCGCGGUAUAUUCCUCACAAGGACAUUUCGCUACCACCCAACAUUGACGUCCUCCCUUCAGCCCACGUAGCGACAGAAGAAGAAAUCACUGCAGACCUGAUUCGUCUUGAAAUGGCCCGAGACAGGCUCUACCGGGCAACGCGGCAAAAGGUGGCGCAUCCAGACAUGAACUUUGAGCCCUUGAUGGAACGCCGCAUGGGCAAGUUGGUUCAGUACGGUCUUGGUGGCUUGAUUCACCCACGCGAGAAGCGCACAAAGCUGGCCUACUUUGCUGGGCCCCUGCAUUACGGUCGAGUGCGGCCCAAGGUACGUGACGCGUUCGCCAACGACACAGACAUUGUGCUCUUCGAGGGUCGGCACGCACAGCCCAUUCUGUACUACAAUGAGCUCGCGACAUCAAAGUUUUGCUUGUUCUUACGAGGGUAUCGAGCAUGGUCGCCACGCUUGAUGGAUGCCGUCUUCAUGGGAUGCAUUCCGGUCAUUAUUUCCGACCACUACGAUCUUCCCCUCGGCCAGUUGCUUGACUGGAGCGAGUUUAGCAUUACCAUCCCAGAAGCACGCAUUCCAAGGCUCAAGCAGACACUCCUUGCAGUCUCGGAUGCUCAGCUGUCAAGGAUGCAGAACAGGUUGGCUGAGGUUUACCAACACUUUGUUUGGAAUGACCCGCCCAAGCCGUUCGAUGCGUUCCACAUGGUACUGUGGCAGCUAUGGCGCCGAAGACGCUGA